AGGUUUUUUGCUCGCAAUUUACUCUAAAUUGCAAACGUCUGACGAUGAUGAAUUGGGGUUUAGGGUCAAUUCGCAAUUUGCCAUAAAAUCCCUGAAAAUUUCCGAUUUGAGGAUGUUUGACUUUCCAACGGUGUUCAACUACUUGCCCUGUUACAACACACUGCGUUUCUUGGCCGUGGAAUUCCAACAAGAAUUCGAUAAUCGGCAGUUCAUCAUUAUCUUCUCUUGACGGCUUUCGUCUUCUUCUUUACGAAGGCAUAUGCUUUUCUGGAGGAACAAAUAACUGAUUUGUAGGAAACGGGCUUUUGUAAGAACCAUGGAUCUUGCGAACUCUGUCGGUCCCGGUUCCACACAAUACGACGUCGUUCCGGAGGAGGAUAGUUAUUCGGACAACGUUAAUGUUGGUCUGGAGACGAACUGUUGGGGAUGUGGGCUUCGUGUUCUUGUUGCUUCAUAUGCACGUGUCUUUAAAUGUGGUUGGUGUGGAGCUUUAACGAGGAAAAACGAUAUAAAGAUCGGCAACAACGAUCUCCGGUGGAGACGCUUGCGCGAUCGAUGUUUUGUCUUCAUUGUGAUUCUAUUCAUGUUGUUCUUUAUAUGUGGCGGCGUCUGGGCUGUGUAUCCUGUCAUGUUCUCGAUAAGUUACUUAUGCGGCAUUUUCCACUCUGUCCUAACAGCAAUGCUGUCUGUAUCCACGUUGUCUUCAUUUUCCCUCGCGGCAUUCCGGCCAGCUGGCGCUUCCCCGGCGAUAAGUUGGGGCAGCUAUCCGACGGUGGAGAAAGACGGACUGCAGAACUACACGUUCUGUCAGUACUGUCUGAAGCCGAAAUCGCCGAGAACGCACCACUGCCGUUCAUGCGGGACUUGCGUAUUGGACAUGGAUCAUCACUGCCCAUUCAUCGGGAACUGCGUUGGCGCGGCGAAUCACCGCUGGUUUGUCCUAUUUCUGACAUCUACGGUGUGCAGUACGGUGUAUGUCGCCGUAAUGACGUCGUAUUCGGCGAGCUACGUCUGGCCGCCGUUGGACAUUCGAGCACGAUGGUUCGUCGAAUCAGGCUGGGUGGGUCUGGGAAUUGUGAGGGAGAUCGUUCUUUCGAUCUUGAGAUCGGCAGUGUUCCUUCCGAUUCGGGGGCUCGUCCUCGUCUACUUGUUCGUCGCGAGCGUAUCGGUCGGGAUCGGUCUGAGCGUUCUCCUGUGGCAGCAACUCAGCUACAUAUAUGCUGGGAAGACAUAUUUGGAUCAUCUGAGUUCUGUGGACAGUGAAGAAAUGGCUGAAAGGGACUGUCGAAACCUCGUCAGGUUCUUUGGGUGUUCUUGCCAUGGUCCAACGUUGUACUUGCCAAGUUAUUGGAAAUCAAGGAAAAGGCAUAAGACAUGAUCAGGCCUUCGAUUGGUACGAUGAUGGCUUGGAUUGGUUUGGUUUGAUUAUGUUUUAUACUGUGGAUUGUUGAAGUUUUGAUUUUGAAAUUUGGGCAUGUGACUGGCACGUGAUGUGGGGUUUGGUUGAUUUGGGCUGUGGCCCAAGAUGGGAUUUUUCUGAAUGUGGGGGGUUUUGGGCCGAAGCCCAUGAAAUGUUGUCUUUGUUGUGUAAAAGCCCAUGAGAAAAGAGAUGGUAAUAUUCUUUUGCUUAGAUUUAGUUCUUGAAAAGAGAUGCUGUCAUAUAUUUUUAAUGAUUA